AUGGCACCUCCUGCUUCUCGCGCGGCCGUAUGGGGCUUGAUGGGAGCAGUCUCCGCCGCAGGAGCUAGAUGCCCCUGCCAUGCACCCGCUGUCAGCAAGGUGCUCAAAAGGCAUGCUCCUGGAUGCUCUCACUCCCAUCACAAACAUGACCACCACCAAACCUUUGCGACAGCCAAAGAGGAGGGCGACUACGCGUUCGAGAUGGCCACUUCCAGCAUCCGAUACGGGAAGGGCGUGACGAAGGAAGUUGGAAUGGAUUUGGCGAACAUGAGGGCGAAGAAAGUUGCCGUGUUUACGGACCCAAACCUAGCGGAACUCCUGCCCGUGAAAACCACCAUCAAAUCCCUGCAGGACGCCGGCGUGAACUUUGUCGUGUUCGACCGGGUCCGCAUCGAGCCCACCGACGGAAGUUUCCAGGAUGCCAUCAACUUUGUGCGAAAAGAGCAGCCGGAUGCCUUUGUUGCUGUCGGUGGUGGAUCGGUCAUUGACACGGCCAAGGCGGCCAACUUGUACCUCUGCCAUCCUGAGGAGGACUUUCUGGCGUUUGUGAAUGCUCCCAUUGGGCGCGGAAAGCCGGUGUAUAAUCCUGUCAAGCCUUUGAUUGCAGUCCCCACGACGGCUGGAACGGGAUCCGAGACGACCGGUGUCGCGAUCUUCGACUACAAGCCCCAGAACUUCAAGACGGGCAUUGCUCACCGCUCAUUGAAGCCCUACCUCGGUAUCGUCGAUCCUUUGAACACCCGCACGAUGCCUCCUCAAGUGCAUGUUGCCAGUGGACUCGACGUUCUAUGCCACUCCCUGGAGUCAUACACCGCCAUCCCCUACACCGAGCGCACCCCUCGCCCCAAGAACCCCAUCGAGCGCCCCGCCUACCAAGGCUCCAACCCCAUCUCCGACAUGUGGUCGCUCAAGUCGCUGAAGAUGUGCAUUGACAACCUACACCGCGCGUACAAGAACCCUGACGACCACCAGGCCCAGGAACAGAUGAUCUUGGCGUCUACAUUUGCGGGGAUUGGGUUUGGAAAUGCUGGCGUGCAUUUGUGUCAUGGUAUGAGUUACCCUAUUGCGGGUGGUGUCAAGAACUACAAGCAUAAGGGUUACAAGGUUGAUCACAACAUCGUGCCCCACGGCAUCUCAGUCGCCGUAACCUCCCCCGCCGUCUUCAAAUUCACCGCCCCCGCCUGCCCCGAACGUCACCUCGAAGCCGCCGCCCUCUUCGGCGCCGACGUCUCCAACGCCAAGCUCGCCGACGCCGGCCCGAUCCUCUCCGACGCCCUGCGCACCUUCCUCCACAAACUCGACGUCCCCGACGGUCUCACCGCCCUCGGCUACGACUCGAACGACACGAAGAUGCUGGUUGAGGGCACGUUGCCGCAGCAUAGGGUUACCAAGUUGGCGCCGAAGCCGGUGGAUUAUGAAGUUAUUGAGCGGUUGAUUGAGGAUAGUUUCAAGCUUUACUAG